CGGAGAAAAGAAAAAGUAACCAACCUCCGGUCCAACCCGAUAGCCCAAACCCCCUGCGAGCACAAGCACAAAGCUAAAGCUGUGUAAGCAGCAGAAUCCAAUCCAAUCCCCAGCUCGCGCCGCCCCCUCUAAUCCCUCCUCCGCAAGGCAGACAGGGGCCGGCGUUCACUCGGGCAUCCGCGGGACGGACGGGGAGCAAAGCCUCAGCGGCGAGUGCGGGCGAUGAGGUCUUCGGAGGCGUCGUCGCGGCUCGUGCAGGAGCUCGUGCUGUACGCCGCCAGCGCCGCGCUCAGCUGCCUCGUCCUCUUCGCUGGCCUCCGCCACCUCGACCCCAACCGCGCCGCUUCCCAGAAGGCGCAGCAACAGAAGAAGGAGAUCGCCAAGCGCCUCGGCCGGCCCCUCGUCUCCACCACGCCCUAUGAGGACGUGAUUGCGUGCGACGUCAUCAACCCCGACAGCAUCGACGUCGAAUUCGACUCCAUCGGCGGCCUGGACCAGAUCAAGCAGGCGCUCUACGAGCUCGUCAUCCUGCCCCUGCGCCGCCCCGAGCUCUUCACCUUCGGCAAGCUCCUCAGCCCCCAGAAGGGCGUCCUCCUCUAUGGCCCGCCCGGCACAGGCAAGACCAUGCUCGCCAAGGCCAUCGCCAGGGAGUCCGGCGCCGUCUUCAUCAAUGUCAGGAUCUCCAAUCUCAUGAGCAAGUGGUUCGGGGACGCACAGAAGCUUGUGGCUGCUGUCUUUAGUCUCGCUCACAAGCUCCAGCCUGCUAUUAUCUUCAUUGACGAGGUCGACAGUUUCUUGGGGCAGCGACGGACAACUGACCAUGAAGCCAUGACUAAUAUGAAGACAGAGUUCAUGUCCCUCUGGGAUGGCUUCACCACCGACCAGAACGCUCGUGUAAUGGUCCUGGCUGCUACAAACAGGCCUUCUGAGCUAGAUGAGGCCAUCCUUAGGCGCUUUACUCAGAUAUUUGAAAUUGGAAUUCCUGUUGAGAGUGAAAGGAGCAAGAUACUUCAGGUUGUGUUGAAGGGAGAAAAUGUGGAGCAUAAUAUUGAUUACGAUCGCAUUGCAAGUUUGUGCGAGGGCUUUACUGGAUCAGACAUCCUAGAACUGUGCAAGCAGGCCGCAUUCUAUCCUAUCAGGGAGCUGUUGGACGAUGAGAAAAAAGGGAGGAAAUUAGAUAAACCUAGGCCCUUGAGACAAUCAGACUUGGAGAGAGCCUUGUCAGUGUCUAGAAAGGGCAAGAAGGCUGCAAGUUCAGCACUGCAGUCACCUUUGUGGGUACGGCCGACAGAUUCAGAAGACGAUCAGAUCUCGUGAAAAUCUGCAGCGGAGUAAAUGCAGGCAUUACGUCGAUACCGUUAGGUUUCCUUAUGCAGUUUGCAGAGGUUAAACAUAUUUAUAUAUGUAUUAAUUCGUUUUGCGUUUGGAACCUCCACCGGUUUUUUUUGAAGCAAACUGCAGCUGGUGAAGUGGCAAGCGUGCCCUCGUGUUUAAGUUGAUCAUUUCAAAAUACGUGCCCCCUGAGGGCCGUAAAACUGAGAACUCUAUAGUUGUCUGGUCAACAGUCGGUCUUGGUUGCCUCUGUAUUUUAUCUUCGGUUUGACUACUCUAGGGUGGCGAAUUACAACAUACAGUAUAAUGCAGAAAGGUUCCCAAACGUGCUUCGGUUUUUUU